AUGAAUGUCGACCGAUGUAAGGAUUUUGAAAUCGGUAGACGCAGGCCGGAAAAUGGUUUUACCAGAACUCCCGCUGAGGAUACAUACAUUAGGGGAAGAGCCCCUGCAGGCAAGAGCAUUUCAUAUCAUACUGAUGACUUGAAGUUAUUUGCUGCUCUAAAGAACGCUCUACAUGCUGACGAAUAUGAGGAGCUGAAGGAGUCAAAGUUGGGAAUGUUCAUAAAGUUCAAGGAGCUGGAUUUUGGUUGGGCUUCAAGUCUGAACUGCGAUUACAACGAGGACCUGGAAAAUCCAAGGUGUGAGGUUACAAAGGAGAUGGAUGCUUUCUGGGAUAUGUUGGGUGUUGAUGUCGAUGCUGGCCCAACUACUGAACAUAUAAUAGCAGCAUUUGGGAGAUGCGAAGAGUGGUCUCAGGAUGAUAGCAUGCGGCUCGGAUACCUUGCCAUCUUCACUGGAUUCAUUGAAGGGAGAAAGUACUCAACCGCUACACGAGCUAGUCUUCCAAGGCUAGUGAUGUAUUUAGAAAAAUUUGAGAAUUGUCUUUGGGGGAGAGUGGCGUUUAAGGUGCUGAUGGAGUCUCUGAAGGGAAAAGAUUUGCAACAGCAUUCUUACACUGCUGAUGGGUUUAUUCAAGUCCUCCAGGUGUGGGCGUACUAUGCUCUGCCAGAAUUUGGUGCGAGUUAUGGGAACCCCAUACCAAACAGACCGUCUCCGCUGUUGCUGGCUUACAAGGGUGGCAAAGGAUGCAAAGGUUUUAAAGAGGCCAUCAGCACACAUACUAGCGUGAUAAAAUUUAUUCAAAAGGACUUUGGUGAAAUGUUUCCGCGAUGGGACUUUGAUGUAGAGGACUCGGCUGCGGAGAACAUAAUCAAAGUCAUGUUUAAUGCGAAAUCUAGAUGGAAGUGGACUAUGGAUUGCUGGGAAGUCACCGGUACUAAGCCGAGUGUGAAGAAAGAAGUUGCAGCGGAGACAGAGAGUGGUGUGAAGGAAGAAAGUGGAAGACCUAAGAAGAAAGCUCGUAAAGAGAUUCCGUUGAGGCACGUGCAGAGGCUAUUAAAGUGGCUCCUACAGAGGCUCGUUCAGAGGCUUCUGCGACUGUUGGUGGGAUGA